AUGGGAAAGGAGUACAGAAUCUCAAGGAGUAUCAGAGCCCAGUGGUUCUUUGAACAGUUUAACAAAACUCUUUCUGAUCCCAAGUCACAUGAUGAACUGGUAAGAUGACAGUCAAUGGUGCUCCAAGUUGAAAAAGUUUUGGUUACCAUGGCAACUAUUGAAAAAAAGUUUGGUUACUGAAGUUGCCAAUUUGGUGACAUUUGUUUGGAGGUUCUGUAGCAAGCUGUGGCCAUAGUCUCAAUUUAAUCCUUCACCUCCUAAGAUCUGAUUGUUAAUUCUCUCCUCCAGCUGUUACACAUUUCCUUGUAAAUUAGUUAUGAAGUAAGAUCAAGAUACAUUUAACAACUUCUAUACCUGAUAAGUUUGAGUAUUCUCAUUACCUGUUUGCUUGAUAAUGUAUGAAUCUUAUGGGGAGAAAUUACAUAUUUAUAACUUAUGUGAGUUAGAUGGUGAAAUUCCCUUUUUUUGCUUCUGUAAUUUAAAUGUUAUUUAGUUGAGUUUUGAGCUCUACACAGUCAUCCAACUUAACAAUGCACAUGAAAUUUACCGUGCCUAAUAAUGCUUUGUGUACAAGAUGUGCCCAGUGGGUUGAUUUGCCUGGACUCUAAUAAUGUUCUUUUUUUUGUGGUCUAGAUUGCUUCUAACGAAGAACUAGAAGUUUUGUCAGUCAUUUCAAAUAAUCAAGACAAGCAUGGACCCUACAAACUUGUUCCUUCAACUCAAAUUACAUUUAUUGGCAGGCGAUACAGAUAUGUAUUUUGCUUUGACAUCAGCCCAUCUCUUGCCACUGUGGUAAGAAUGUAACGAAAUUGUAAAGAAUUGUUGGUCUUCGUGGAAUUUUUUUUCCAAAAAAAAUAAAUGACAGUUUAGCAGUGUGUUCGAGAAGUGUUUCCACAAUGAAAAUGUUUUUUUCUUCCAGGAUAUCCAGUCAGGGACUGUAAUAACUGAUGAAGCAUUUGAAAAAUUUAAAAACUGUCUGAAUGGCUUAGUUGCUCCAGUAAGUAAAAUUUUAUAUUUAUUUAUUAGUUGUUUACAAUUCUGUGUUAGCUCAACUUGUUAUUUUCUGGGUGAGUGAAUGGUGGCAUAUCUGUUAAUGGGAACAUAUGUAUUGCAAAUUGAAGUCUUCAAAGUAAUGUUGACAGGACAGCGACACCAAGGAAGAUGUCAAUUAAAAAAGGAAUGAAAUGUUUAGUUAGAAUUUUGCCAACGGAUGGAUUGAAACUUGAAUAAUUUGGGUGUUAAGACUAGGUAAAUUUUGGUGGUUUCACAUCUUUGUUUUGCAGAGGACAGCUAAGAAAUAUACAAAGUUUUUAAAUGUCUAUGCUGACCUGUUGUUCUACCUAUUAGAUAUUUUGUUUUGCGAUGUCUUUACUGCCUUUGAUUCAUUACCAUACCCACUGUAUAAUCAUGCAUUGAGCACUUUGCUAAAGCAGAAUAUCUAAGUGUACUGUGUUCCAGCUAUGAUUCAUAGCAUGAGCACAGAAACUUAAACUCCAGAGUAUAAACACUUCAUUUAUCCAAAAGAUUAACAGUCACACUCACUUUCUCUGCAGUUCUCUGUUCCUGGUAACACCAUUGUGUUACGUCCUGAGUUGUAUAUCACUGUCUUAGCAUAUACUUCCAACUUGGAUCCUGAAGUUCCUCAGGUGAAUUUAUUUAUAUUUUUCAAUUUGAGGAUCAUUUUAAUUACUUCCUCACAGUAGUUUAUAAGGUAGAUGUGGAGGCCUACACUGUAGUGGCUAGUGUGCUUUACUCUUGGUCAAAAUGUUGGGCUCAAGACCUAUAGCUGCAUCUUUGUAUUGUGUUCUGGGCAAUACACUGAACUCUCACAGAGCCUCACAAUCUUCACCCAGGAGUAUAAAUGGGUACUGGUAACAUCAGGGUAGCCUGGUAGGGGUGUAACCUUCUGGACAAUGGAAUGGCAUCUCACCCACAGGGGAGUGGUAAUACUCCAAGAUGCUUCAUGCCAUAGAAACCAGGAUAAGUCGCUGGUUCAAGUGCAGACUUAACCUUUUUUUAAUUGUUCACACAGGGUGACCUAUUGCUUGAAUAAAUGAAUUUAUGAGGUACACUUUCAAACAGAGGAAAAAAUCAAAAGUUCUCCUUAGUUAGCUUAACAGCUUUAAAUCUUUUUGCUUUGCAGUUUUUUAAGUCAGUGAAAGAAAGACCACUUGUUUUUUUGGUUUGUUUUCCUUUUUCAAGAUUCUUAUCCAGGGCUGCCUUGUGACAGAAGAAAAUAUCAACUUUGUUCUGGAGUCAGUACACAGGCAGCUAAUGGAGCUGGAGGACUUCUUGGCUAAGACUACAUCUACACUGUACUGUGAUAUAUGCUCUAGUGAUGAGGUAAGGUUCGUGGGUAGUAGGGACAAUUUGAAGAAUUUACUAAUUAAAAAAAGAUAUAAAAUGAGAUUUUAAAUGAAUGAAUGAAAGGAAGAAAAUAAUGAAUGAGUUGAUUAAUGAAUGAAUGGACUGCAUUUGUGCACAAAAUGCAGAUGUAAGAAAAUUAAGUAUUGUUGGAUUCUCUUUUCAACUUAUCUUUUACUUCCUUGUGAAACACAAGGAGAGGUUGAUGUAGAGUUAAUUAACCCUUUAACCCCUAAGAGUGACUGGCAUCUAAUUUCUCCUUACUGUAUCACCCCUGAAUCAAACAUUAAGGUCGGGAGAAUUAAGGAACUGAUCACCAACUAAGGAAGCUCUUGAUUGUAAUUCUCCUUGUCAGCACCUUAGGAAAUGUUUAGAGAACAGUAUGGAGAAUAUGCAUACUGACAUUAGGGUAUAAAGGGUUAAAAGUUACUUGUGGCUUAAUUACUCAGUGGAAGACAUGGUGGUCUAAUGGUUAGUGAGCUGGACUCCAGGUUGAGAGGUCUGGGUUCAAGACCAGGCUGAUUCAAUGUGUUGUGUUCUUGGGCAAAACACUCGUUACCCUCACAGUGUCUCUCUCUCUAUACCCAAGAGUAAUACCCCGGGAUAAGUCAGGCUGGAUGGACUACUUGGCUUGAGUCUAGACUUUACCUUUGACAUUGUUCUACACACUGCUUAAAUUUUUUUUUUGAGAAAUAGAUAAGCCUUGACUGUGUUCUGUUCUGUUGUAAAGUAUGCAGGUAGCAGCUAGGGCAGGAAAGAAGUGUAGAAAGAAACACAAGACAUAGUCAAGUGUUUCUCCCCUCUUCUUCUGUUGCUACUUGCCAGCUUGCUUGUUUUGAAAUUUCACCUUCAACUAAUUAAAGAAAGCUAGAGAGAAGUUUGGGAAAAGAUCAAACAUAGUACAAAUUGGUAGAUGAUGCAACAGCUUUAGCCCAGCACUAUGCUUUAUACAUGUACUCUGAUAGAGCAAGCUCUUUCAACCAACAGCAGCACAUGUUAUAUCCAAACUUUAUUAUAAAAGAACUUAAUAAAGUACAUUAUAUGUUGAAUAUUGAUGGAAGGAAUUUGAUACUUUAAUGAAGGGGAACAAAACUGAGAGCAACCAGAGUGGACUGGCGCAUGACUCUGUGACACUGAUGUCACCCGAGGCUGGACCAAUAUCAAUAUUAAGGAACACUCUCCUUGCAUUACAGCUGCUUCCAGGAAAUGCAAGUGCUGGUAUGUUAGAUAUAGAGCUGUGAGUAAAUUAACCCUUUGACUCCCAGAUCAAGUUUGUGAUUCUCCUUACUAUCAACCAUACAAUUCUUAUGUUAGUUCAGAGAAUUUAGUAUUGGAUCAACUAAUUAACCCCAAAUUGAUAUUUUUCUUUAUUCUCAUCAAUUAUCAGGUUGAUAUUUCAUUCAUAUUGUAAGGAGAAAUUCUGUCUUGGUUACUCAUGGGAGUUAAAGGGUUGAGUGCAAUUUGAUAAAAUAUUAUGACCACUAUCACCCUCUUCUAAAACUGCAGCAUUCAAGAUCUUGCAAAAGCAGUUACCUUCAGGCUAGUCAAGUCUUAGGUUAUAUUUAACUUUCCUAGACAUAGUUUGCACAGUGAUAAUGCUGAUAGUACUUAGCAAAUUUUCACUAAUUGUGAAAUCCUGUUAGUUGAUAGUGAGUCACUAGUAAGAGAAAUAUUGUUGAAUACUGUUACUACUUUUUUUGUAUGAAUGUAUAGGAGCAGUUGUUAUCACAGAUGGUGUUUUUGCCCUUCCUGAUGCGAUUACAGUUGAUUCUCUCUUGGCACAGCUAAGAGCCAGUACUGUGUGCUGUUCUUUUAUUAAAGUUGGAAGUGGAUUUCAUGCCCACUGCAGGUUGAUCCUCUUAGAUAUUCAAUUUAAAAUCCUAUACUAGUGUGGACUUUGUUGUUGUUUGUUUAGAUUCAGUGUGUUUCGCAAAAGAUUCCCAGUUUUUUGUAACAGUAACAGUAUUAUUGACCAUUAACUGUAUCUAAUACAAUUAAAUUUAACUCUAGUGCAACUAACUUUAUUUUUUCCCUUCAAGCCUUGGUUAUGUGCCACACUGUGAUAUGAUGCAGUUUAUCGCCAUGGCCAGUUCAGGUGCAUACCUUGCAAAGGCACCCCCGGUGAGUAGAAGACACUGUACAUUGUUGAUUUCAAUAGAAGAUGAUACAUUAAGUUAUUAGGAGACCUUGGUGUCUUCUUUUUUCCUCUUUUUUACUUUGGCGUAGAAAGCUUCCUGCCAAGCUAUAUACAAUGAAAAACUGUUGUUGAACCUUGAUGUUCAUUGUUUAACACCAAUUUGCACAGUAUUAAUCUGUUAGAUACUUAACAAAGACUUCUUGCAGUUUCAGGGGUAAAACAACUUAUAUUUUUUGAUUUGAUUUCAGCUGUGUCUUUCAAAGAUCAUUAUGAUUUUCUUUAAGUUUUAUUAAGACAUAUGUCUUACAAACUGAGUUUGAGGCCCGCACAGUGAAAUACAGCCUGCUAAAUUGACCAAUCAUAAUGUACAUAAUAACUGAAAAUGUAAUAAUUUUCCAAUAUUUCCAGGUUUCAAAAGAUGGUAAAAGAGUGGAUGAAGAAGGUAAAAAAAUCUUAAUUUUAAAAUCUGAAAGCAAAUUUUCCUGGAUGAUGAGAGAGUGUCAAGUUCCUCAGAUGUGUUGCGUCAAUUGAUAUGUUCUGGUUAAAAUAAUUAAUUUUUGUACCAUUUUGAUUUAUGAAUUCCUUUGUGUGACCCUUUUACCAUUAGAAGUGAUUAAGAUGUAACUUCAUCCUAUAAUAUCUGAGAUAUUUGUCUUUUUUGUAGAGGAUUUCAGCAUGAACCUUUAUCACAAAGCUCUACUUUGCUGGAACUUUCAGAGAGAUUUUGACCUGAGCAAGAUUGAUUCCUGGAUGGGUAAUGUUGCUGUGACAAUUGCAUAAUUGGCUAAUUCUUUUGAGCAUACCGUAAUUAAAUCAUAAUUUUGUUUCCUGGACUUUGGAAAGUCUGAUUAAUGAAGAAACAAGGGAAAAAGAAAAGAACUAAAGAAACAAAGAAACUUAAUUUGGUCAAUAAAUAUUUUAUCAUGAUUUUACCACUAAUUGUUGAAAAUUUUUAAAAUCUUGUUUCACCUAAAUAGGACGCAAUCGAGAGGAAUGUGCUGUGCAACCACAAAAAGACUCAACAAUGAAAACUCAGAACAAGAAACUCACAAUUCCUAGAAAAACACAACUUAUUUUCUCAUUUCUGCUUUGCUUAAAGUUCAUAUCCACAAUGAGAACUCAUCUUUUUGGAAAGAGUUUGAAGAAAUAAACAAAGCUGUACAAUUGUGGGGCUAGACAGUUUUUUCUGAGCCUUCUUAUUUUAAUCCAUUUGGUCCUACACACAUCAGCCUUCAUUAUGGUUUUCUAUAGGAUCGUGUGAGUGGGUUACUCUAUAAUUAUAACAUCAUAAAUUUAAUUCUUCAUCGCUAAUUAUUUCAACAUUCUCUAUUGUUGAAUGAAUACUGACCAUAGGUGACUGUUUGGAGUUGAGUGAGGAAGACUUGGCGUGGGCAUUGCAAGGCAAAAAGUAACCACAGUAUUAUUGUACAUGCUCAGUUAAAAUAACUAUUAAGUUAGUGUUCAAUUUUAAGUGGAAUCCCCUAUAAAAGCAAAUGAACCAGCUCUUAUGUUCAACUCUUUAACUCCCAAUAUCUGAUUGUUAACCCUUUAACUCCCAAGAUCUCAUUAGUAAUUCUCCUUACUGUCUGCCACAUAGUUCUUGUGAUAUUAGUUUGGAGAAUUUGGUAAUGGAUCAACUAAUCAUCCCCUAAUCAAGAUUUUUCUUUAUUCUCAUCACUUGUCUGCAUGAUAUUGUAUUAAUAUUGUAAGGAGAAGUUCUGUCUUGGUCACUCAUGGGAGGUAAAGGGUUAAUUCUCUCCUCCAGCUGCACACAUUUCCUUGUAAAUUAGUUAUGCAAAUUUGGUGUUAGAUCAGGAUAAAAACUCCCUGAUACAUUCAAGUAUUCUCAUUACCCAUUUGCUGGAUUAUGUAUGAAUAGUAAAGGAGGAAGUUACAUGUUAAUCACCUCUGGGAUUUCAAGGAUUAGUUAAAGGGAGGGAAGGUACCUGGGGUAUAUAAGAGCCUCUAUUGUGUCCAACCAGCCCUUCAGAUAGAAUUCUCCCCCCAUGGUUGGCAAAUCCCAGUUAUCAAGCCACAAGUCCUCACAUUAGUCUCCCAUCAGUGUUAAUUUGAUCAGUUCAAGGAAAAUGAAGGGAAGGUGGAUUGGGAAAAAAAAAACAUAAGUAUAAACUGUUCAGGACUGUGCAGUGAUUUUUGAUUUUUUUUUUUAACUUAAAUGUUGUUAAUAUUUUCAUUGCAGAUCAAUAUCUUAUGCACUGAGUGAAUGGGAGAAGAAUGCCAUGCAACGAUCAAUGCGAAUUAGACAUCUGGAGACAAAGUUACAUACUAGCAUCACAAGGUGAGGGUGUGAGUCCCGCACUUAUGACCUGUCAUGGUAGAAUUCUCCAAAUGAAAAAGAGGCAAUUGUUAGUAAAGCACAUCAUCUGGUAAAACAAAAUGGCACAUCUGAAGUUUGGCACUUACAGUUGUUCAGUAUUGAAGGUUAUCACUUGAAAUUUCAGCUGGCAGCCUAAGUUCUUAGCUACAACCCUGAAAAUAAUGAGAUGCAAUGCAUGGGGUAGAUAAAGCUUGAACAACUUCUUCUUUUUCUCGUGUCUAGUGUUCUCAGUGUGCGUCUCAGAGAAGGGUAUUCAAUUCAGGACGUUUCCAUAGCAAAAGGUAUUUACAUUUUAUAUGAAGAUGUGUCAAUUAAUCAUUUACACCCUAACAUCAGUAUGCAUAUUCUCGAUACAUUUUCUAAGGUGCUGACAAGAAGAGCUAAUUAACAAUCGGGAGCUUCGUUAGUUGAUGAUCAUUUCACUUAUUCUUGCAACCUUAAUGUGUGAUUUAGGGGUGGUGUUGUGAAGAGAAUUUAGAUUUUAAUCACUCUUAGGGGUCAAAGGGUGGAGGUCUGUCGUUUUUUACUGAUUGAUAAUUCUCAAACAAAUGACAUGAAAACAGGGAAGACAUGUCUUCUGUGUUCUGUCUACAUGUGUAUUUACUGGGGUACCUAUGCUAUUGCCAUUGGGUCUUCACAUAUGUUAUGUAAUUCAAUAAAACUCUCCUUUAACAAGGUGGAAAGCAGCUUCAAGUCAAGCUAACAAUUCCUUGGAAGCAUAAUGUCCAGAUUGAGUAUUUAGCUCUCUCAGUAAGUAAACAGAUUUUUUUCUUUGAUGUAUUUAACUGUAAGUUAAUGAUAUUGUUUUCUCUUUAAUGGCAGUAUGGUAGCUCCAUGUUCAUGCAUGUUUGUUAUUUCAAUUCUCCAGUGCAUAUUAAAGUGCAGUGAUGCUCUUGCCUCUUUUAAUUUUUUUUUUUUUUUUUCGCUAUUUCAACAGGUUUGGCCCCUAUCCACUAGCAGGUUAGUAAAUGCAGUGAACAGCAUAAUAAAUCAUAUAUAUGUUGUAGUUCAAUUUUAUCCUUGGUUCAAAUUUUAUUUUCCUUUGUUUCAAACUCAUUAACAUAUUUUACAAUACCCAAAAACAAACGAAAAGAAACUUUGAACCAAGGAUAAAAUUGAACCACAACAUAUACACAACACUAUUACUUACACCAUACAGGCUAUUUAUGAACCUACAAUUGGCAACAAAAUUAUUGACACAUUGACCUUUUAACCCCCUAUUACUUCAAUUUUAUAUCUGUUGCUCUUGUUUAGUUAACCUACCCACCCCUUUUUCCCCAAAAACAAUGUUGUAUCAUGAUUCUAUGAACCUUCAGCUACAUCAGGCAACAAUGAAUAGGGGAGGGGGGUUUUGUCAAUGAUUUAGGGUGUGGUAAAAACAGGAGUGUUAUUCAACACAUAAAUAGAGUUCUUCAAACAUGGUGUGUCAACUAAUUUUGAUGCUGAUCGUAGCUCUUGAUAAAUUUGUAUGCAUAUGUAUAAGCAUAUGUGAAGGGGUUAGGUUUAUAAUGAAAAGAAACUGUGAUACUGUGUUGGAGGGGGUAUUACAUAUAAUAAUUUGGUUUUAUCAACUUAAUUAGCUCAUCAUCAGAGCAAAUACUGAAGGGCUAAUGCUCAAAUUGUCAGCUUUAAAAACUCUUUACAAUGGCCGAUGAAAACUACAUUAUCAACACAGAUGAUCAAACCAAAUUAUCUUUUAUGUAUAGUUGGUAGAGAUGCGACGAUUUUGUGAAAUUUAUACUGCCAAAAAUUAUAGAAAAUAAAGUGUAUUUGACCUAGGGAUGGUAAAGCUAGCACAAAAUAAGUCAAGUUGGGCAGAACUAUCUGUAAUUCCCUGAAUUUCACUAUGACACUAUUUCUAUAGGGUUUAGGCUCUUUGCUCAGCCGUCAUGAAAAGAAGUCACAGCUAAUGGUUUUUCUUUCAGUUGUGUGACACAUGUAGAAGUGACAAUAGAAGCACCUUAUGAAUUUCUUCAUGAUGUGAUGCAUUCUACAAAGCCCUUUCCAAGUCCUUACAGGUAACUUUUGUAUGAACCAGUCCCUUUCCUUACUAUCUAUGACACAAUGCUUAUAAUGUUAGAGUGGAAAUUUUUAAUUUUCUUCAUCCAAAACCCUCCUUGUUCCUUUUUCUUCCCUGUUCCUGUUCCCUGUUCCUGUUCCCUGUUCCUGUUCCUGUUCCUGUUCCCUGUUCCCUUUCCUGUUCCCUGUUCCCUGUUCCCUGUUCCUCCUGGUCUUUAUAAUGAUAUUACCUUCUUCGCUGAAAGUUAAUUGCCUAGUGUUGUCUUGUCCUGCUCUAUAGACCAGGAAAGAUGGGAACAACUACAUACAUGUACAUACCAUCCAUGGCUUUAACUAACUUACACUGUAGCUGUUGGCCUUCAGAACCAAGGAGAGAGUAGUUAACUUAAAUUUACAGGCAUGUAAGCAUACUUGGCUAAACAAAAUUAAUACAUGAUUUUAAUAAAUUCAACCUUUUCAGAACACUUGUUGUCAAAAGAUUCAGGCAAUCCAUGAAAAGGUAAAUCAUCAUCCAAGUACAAUGCAUUUUCUUGAAAUUAUUUUUUUGUGGCUUUUAAACAUGAUACAUUGUAUUGUAAUGCAAUGUUUUCCUUUUUUCAGUUUAAAGAGCACAGAUCAGAUGCUUGUUCAUCUCCAGUCCUUUUCAUCCAAUUCCAUUUAUUACACCAUACCAGAGAGUGCGAAAAAGGGAGUUCCACUAUUCUACCUACCACCAAGCUCUAACAACCCUGUAAGUAUCAAAUAAAAAACUUUAAACAUGAAGGCUCACUAUAAGUUGGUUGACUCCGCCCCUUGAUUUCGGAUCAAAUGCAAAUUACACCCAAUAUGAUGCAAAGGCGAAGUGAAUCAUUUUGAAUUUCAAAUUACCACCACAAAUUAUAUGAAGAGAGUUUCAAUUGAAGGAAGGAGAUAGAAACCUCAGCAAUUUCUUCAAUUGUGAUGAGAACGUUGAAACUAAUAAGAGCUUUUGAGAAAUCCACGUGCUAUUCACUUGCUUUGGAUUGGCUGCAGCUCAGGCUGUUUUGAAUUUAGAGGUCUGUAUGCCACAACAGUUGAUUGACAACUAAGUACCUAAGGCACCUCUUCUUUUAUAGCACGCCUUUGUGUUUAAAAAGCAACUUCCCAAUUGUGUUUAUAUGUUCAAUGUUUGACAAAUAGACUCCACGUUACCUUGUGUGUGUUCAGUUAAAGACCACAGGUGACGUCAAAAUGCAGUAACAACCAAAAAGUGGCACACAAGGCACAACCAAGGGUGUCUCUGAUGUUCUUGUAUAAUUCAACUACUGGUAUCAUGUAAUUGAGAGAUAUCAGGGUUUUUUACAUGUGUGUAAUUCUUACUGUUAACUUGGUUUCAUUUUAGGUUUUGUCACUACAACUUGAAAGGUAAUUUAAAAGUGCUUCCUAUAUUUCAUUUCCUCUUGUUUCAAUCUUUUACUUAAAGUUCCUGAGUUAGCUGUCUAUGAAACUAGUGAAGUAAUUUGAUUCAUUUGGAUUAAUCAUAGCUAAUUUAUAACUAAGAGUAUGGCUAUCUAGUAAUAUAUCUUAUUUAUUAUGAUUAUUAUUAUUAAUACCACUUUAUUUGCAACUGCCCUUUUUGUUCUGUGCUGCGGUAUUGGUAAUGUAGUUUUGUGGAAGAACAAGGAAAAGCUAUGAAGAAACCUUUUUAAUCAAAAAAGGCUUUCCUAAGUUUUCACAAUUACAUGAUUUCAGAGAGAAUUCCAAAUCACAAGAGUCCCAAUUUGCUGUCUUCUGGAAGCCAGUGUUAUCUCUUGAUACGACUGGAUGGUAGGUAUAUUUAUAUACAGACUGUAGUCACCUCUUUUGUAGAGGGUGUGCUUACUUUACUUUUGGUUACAACACCAGGUUAUGGAUAGAAUUUUGGGUUGAAGCACAGGCCCAGUCUUUUUGUUGCGUUCUUGAUUGGCAAAUCACCGAACUCGCAAUGGACUCUUUCUAACCAGGCGCGUUUCGAGUGUUAGCUCUUCGCCCGUUGCUCUGACAAAGGGCUAACGAUCGAAAUAUCUGCUUUAGAAACUCUUUACGGUGGCCAAUUUACAUCAACUCAGUCGAUUAAACCAAAUUACGUGUAUCUUUUAAUAAAGAUGAAUUUUUCUCCUAGGCAAAAAUGGAUGCAUAGUCACAGAAUUGGACUUGUACUGGAACAUGAUGUGUGAGUGUGAUGGAUAUUUUUUGAUCCAUGUCAGUAUCUGAGCAGCCGAGCACCUACCCCUCCCCUAACUCAGGAACAAUCAACUGAUAAUAACUUAUGGUUAAUGUUCGGUUAGGGGAGGGGUGGGUGUGCAGUUUCUCAAUCUACCCCUCCCUAACCUAGGAACAGUCAACUAGUAAUAAGUUACGGUUUGAAUUUACGAUACUUAAUCGAGUAAGGAAGGUCGCCAUUCUGGGAAAACACAGCAAAUGAAAACUUACCUUUAUUUGCAGCCCUUUGCCAAAGAAUCUUCAUCUUCCGAAGGAAAAUGACAGAUCCAGUGCAAUCCAAUGUCGGGUGGCACUGAGUUCGCUUAACUCUCUUCUCAGAAAGUGGAGCUCGUUUGUGUUACUGGAAAACCACUCUUACAUCAAGUUUAUUGCCAGGUAAAUAUUAUUCUUUUGCCUUUUUAACUCGUGAAUUGCGCGCAUGCGCAAGAGCGAGUUGUAGAUACGAUGUGGGGGAAUGGCACUCGCUCGCUCGAUUGGUCGAUUCCUGCAAACUUUUUUUCGAUUUUAGGCUUUUGAGUGCAUUUUAUAGUUUUUGGCGAGCAAUAAACAAACGAAAUGGCGACCUUUGUUGCUAAGAAUAGUGGUGGGGUGACAAAGAAGCAAAAAUUUUUUUUUUUUUUCGUUUUAGUUUCAACAAGCGGCGCCAGCGACUGGCAAGCAUGCAAGGAUUCACACUGAAAUAACAGAAAAACCUUCGUUUUUCAUAAAAUUGCAAUUUACAAUCCUUGAACUUAAAAUCAAUCCGAAGAUUCAUUGAAAAAUAUCACUUACUGCGAAGCGCUCGGAGUUUACAGAUGUUCAAAAGCUUUUUCUGUUACGGCGUGAGAUUGAGGACAAAAUCGAUCAUUACGUUUUGUAUCAUGUGUUUUUUCCUGUGAGAAACAACAGAAGAUGCCGGCGACUAACGAAAUUACAAGUUAUCACGAAAAUCAGAUAACACCUAAACAAACAAUUUUAGCUACCGAUUUUCAGCGAAUUUUUAAAGAACAAUUUUCUUUUAAGUUUCAAGACAAUUUGAAGAUUCAAAGUACAUAUUACGUACUAAAAUGCGAAACUUAUACACCACAGAAUUGAUAAAUAUAUGGGCGAAUAGGCCUGAAAUUAAAUUCUAUCUUGUUAUUGAUUAUACGUUGCCUAGCUCGUGACUAAAAUCUACCUAGGCGGAGAUCUAAAAUGACGGUAGCAGUCUUGGCUUAGUUAUAUCACUCAGAACUCGUUCCCGUUUCAUCUCAGAUAAAGAGGGAAUCGUUUAUAUUUUCGUUAAGAAAGUAUUGCCUUGAUUUUCUAAUAUUUACAAUGAUAGACAGUAAAUUUCACUUUUCACCCACAUUUACUUCCAACCUUUUCUUUUGAACCAGAAACAGAAAUUAUAUAAGUUUAAAACACGACAUCAUCCACCCUUGUCAAAUGCAAUAGCAUGAUCAUUUCAAUUGUAAUGCCUUCUUAUCCCAACGUUACUUUGUUUCUUUGCUACAUUAGCGAACACUGAACUACUGCUCGUACUCCAGAUAUGACAAUCAACCACAAAGUUCCCUAAACCAGAUAAAAUUAAACAUAAUCCAAAAAAUCAUGUGUCAAUUCACGAGUUUGCUCACAGAGCACUUUGAUUUAUUGCAUGUUAGCAUGUUAUGUUUUUCAAUCAAUCCUACCACGUGGUGCUUGUACACAAGAUUUGGGAUUUAAGUCUUUGACCCCCUAAAAGUGACCGGCAUCUAAUUUCUCUUUACAAUAUCACCCCUGAAUCACACCUAAGGGUCACGAGAGUUACGGAAAUGAUCUUCAUUUAAAGAAGCUCUUGAUUGUUAAACGAAUUCUCCUUGCUAGCAACUUGGGAAAUGUAUAGAGAACAGUGUGCAGAAUAUGCAUACUGAUGUUAGGGUGCUGAUAUAGAGUUAAAGAAACUUUCAUACACAUAAAAUUUUUCUUAAUCACUUUCUUUGUUUAAUGCCUGUAUAUGGUUUUGAUCUCAACAGCGAGAAUCCUGACGGAGCCCCUUCUUCUUUCUGUAUCGUGCGAGUAACAGCAAGAGGACCGUGUAUUGUCAUCAAGGUAGCUUUCCUUGGAGGAACUGCAGGUCACAUAAGACAUCAGGUGAGUGACAUGCUACAGUCCUAAUACAAUGAUAUUGAACUGUUCCUAUAAACGUACAGUUACCUCUUGCCUUGUGGAGACAGGCAAGGCUGGGGGAUGAUUAAUUUUUCAUACCUACAGCGUGGGUGCUUAUUCGAGGUUUGGCGCUUAAUCGAUUACAUAUGGUACAUCUCCCCUUAAGUUAAUGGCUUAACCCUUUAACUCUUAAGAGUGAUUGGUAUCUAAUUUCUCCUCACAAUAUCAACCUUGAAUCAUACAUUACGUUUAUGGGAAUAAAGGAUGCGAUCACCCACUAAAGAAGGUCUUGUUUGUUAACUGUCACCUUGAAUCUUACUUAAGGGUCACGGGAGUAACGGAAAUGAUCACCACUUAAAGAAGCUCUUGAUUGAUAAACAAAUUCUCCUUGUCAGCACCUUAGGAAACGUAUGGAGUAUAGUGUAGAGAAUAUGCAUACUGAUGUUAGGGUGUAAAUGAUUAAGGAUAAAUAGAUGAGCGAGUUUACAUGUAAAAACAAACAUGAAAGCAUUGAGAACAGUUUGAAAAGAUGCAAACGAAAAGGGUGAUUGAAUAGAAUUGAAUUAAAAGAUCUACAGGAGGAAAUGAGUUUAGUUUGAGGCCAAACAACUCGAUGACUUUGUUUACCGUGCGUGUUUGCAAUUUAUCUUCUCUAGAUUGUAUCAGACCUAAAGAUAAAACUCGCUGAUAUCACAGCUCCACUAGGUGUGAUUAACAAACCUCAAAAAGCCCAAGCCAAGGGUAAAAGUCUUCAACGCGACGUGCAGUUAUCGAAACAGCGGACUGUAGUUGAAAAGCCAUGCGCGAUUAUGUAUGAGAAAUCUCUGGAUGGGAUCUUGAUUCGGUACGAUCGAGUUCCAGAGGACCUCUUUUCGGCAUACCCAGAAAGGCCCAGUUAUUCUAUGUACUCAAGUUUGACGGGAAAUUAUGCGUAUAAAACCAAUGAUAAUCACAUGAAGGUCCUAUGUCAGUAUCUGCAUCACCAUCGUUGGAUUUGGACGAUGCAAGAUGAACGAUCACCAGCUUUAAGUGCUGAGAAAGUUGCAAGAGUGCUCUCCACUCUAACAAAGUAAGGAAGGAAAGAUGUUGUCUUUAGCACUGAGUACUAAUGCUGUUCCGUAACUAGUAAUGACGACUCAUUCCCAGACUCUUGAUGAAGUCUACUUGUCCUCCUCUUAGAGGAGAGAAAUAUGUAAAUUGUAAGCAAGCAAAAAGGAUAAAAUUUUAGAAUGAGUUGCGUUUAGCGGCCCAACAGUUUUAGCUUUCAGUCCCCCAUAAUAGAUAUAGACUGUAUACAGUAAAUGUGGCUCAGUCUGAGUUGUGUUGUCUCACACUUCUGAUUCGUAGGCUACGACUGCAAGAGGGAUACAAUUUUGUGAACAACAGCGCAGGGAUUAUCACCAUGGCAAAAGAACUCAAGAUGAAGGUGAUUGAACGUCCAUGUCCUUUUCAAAUGUGAAAUAAGUAAUGGAUACAAGUCUGAGUAGAGUCGAAUUCAGUCUUUAAUCAUACUAACUAAUCUUAGUGAUUGACAACAUCAGAUGACCGCGGAGUGACGCGCAGUCUUGUUACCAAUAAGUCAAAACUAUAACAAAAUUUGAGAAUAAAAAAACUAUCGAUCUGAUAUUCGUUUUCAUGAUGAAAAACAACCGUUAACUCGCCGAAAUGCGCCAGGACAUCCUGCGCACUUGAUGCGUACUGUCCAAUUACACUUGCAUGACGUGCACACUUUCCAAUUACAAGUAUAACGCAUACUCUUUCCUCUUAGUGCUCAAAUCGGGCUGGUGAUAACCAAAUGCGUUCGAGAAUUUUGUUAUACUGUUGAUUACAAAUUUAACAUUAACGUACAUGGACUUAUUCUAAGGUCACAAAAACUAAAACUGAAUACUCGGAUGUUAAUGUUCUCUUUAAGGAUCACACACGAGACAGUGACCAACCGUAUUCCUGUGUCAUUCAAUAUGUGCUGUUCCCUCCAUAUCUUCAGUCAUGUGAGUCAGAACGGUCUGAAGAGUCCGUUCUUGACUGGGCGUCCCUAGGAAAGGCUGGACGCAAGUUUAACAUGGUCACAGAAGUGUGGACUGAACCACAGUUUGGUUGCUUGACUGAUUUGAAAACGGAGCUGAAGUAUAUGGAAGGACUUCAGUACGAUCAAGUUCCAGAUGCAGUAAGUUCAAAAGCAAACAUAAGGAAAUAUCUUAAGGAACUAAAGAAUACGCAGAGAAAAUACGAGCUAGCUGACUGACGUGUGGGAAUACGAGCGUGACCAAAUUGCGAUUGGUUUUAGUUUCGAAUUUGAUUGGUUGAGAAGACAUCUUUUCUCGACCAAUCGCGUAGCGAAGUAAAGUAAAACGAAAGAUUCUCAGAUUGCUUUCGACACGAAACUGAAAAUUGUCCAGGAAAAUACGGUGACAGACAAUGUGUUACACUUAACACGUCGCAUAGUUCUUUAACUUGAACUCCGGGCUAUGUUAAUUUUACCGGCUAAUGUGGUUUGUAUUAUUUGUCUUCUAUUAUCAGAUUUAUCAAGCUGAUGUAAAGCACGUGUCGGCUCUGCUCACUUACGAUCAUCUGUUGAGUAUGUGCGAUGACAAGACUGUUACCACCCCCCAAAGAUCUUGUAAAGCGUCGCAUGAGACCUCUUUACUGUUCAAAAGUAAUUGGAUAGUAGAGCAGUCGCCGUUUCCAUUUGACAUCAUUGAUUUGUUGUCCAAAACUCGACAAGUGGAGAUGGUUUUUUCUUCCCUGAUCGAGACCUCCUCUCCAGGUAUCAUUCUUUCGUGAUUAACAGUGAUUUUAUAAAUUGGCCAAUUUAGAGAGUUUCAAAAGCUGACGUUUCGAGCUCUGACAAAAGGCAAACGCUCGAAACGUCAGCUUUCCAAACUCUCUUAGUUGGCCAAUUGAACACGCAGUUGGGAAUUGAACUCGCAGGAUUAUUUUCACAUUUUAACCCAGUGAAUGUGACAUACAUGCAGGCCAACAACUGACUCGUCCCCAGGCUUCUCUCUAUUUUGAAAUGUAAACGCGGGAAGCGCGCGAGAGAUGUGCAGUUAGGAAGAUGGGAAGAAGGAAAAGGGAGAUACUCCCCUUUCAGUCCUCUUCCUUCCCAUGGUUCCUGUCGCCGUGGUAGUGCGACUCACCUACUCUUGGACGAUAGCGGAUCAAAAUUUCUUUUAUCUUUUUUUUUUUUUCCUUUUUUUUAGCCUCAGAUGACCUCGACGAUUUGCCAAACGAGAAUCUUUUCAAGCUUUUGAUAGAAAACAUGGAGCGUUUGAACGAUCGUGAAGUCGUACUAAGUGACGAUGACUGGAAUCGGUUCACACAGCACAUCCUCAUUCGGCCGAGGAAUGGCGUGCCUCUUCCAUUCCCUGAGGAACUGUGUCAACGGAAAGAUUCUAGCGAUUCCACACAGAAUGACAAAGAGAAAAAGUCCAAAAACAGAAGCACGUCUUCAAUGAAAUGGAGAUGUUUCAUUCGUGCAGUGACUGCUUUUGGCGGCGGUCGCCUCAUACUCACAUUUCUACCAGCAAGCUUUAAGUAUGUUAGGCUCAUUGGAAGACACCGGCGGAGCAGGAGCUCUAGUGUUGAGAGCAGCCCAAGAAGCCCGCACGGCACGUCAGAAGUGGAGCCUGAAGGAGCCACCGAUGAAAUAAGUCCUCAUGGCGCAUGUGGACUGCAGAAGCUAAAUAAUUUACUCGUAUCACAAGGCUCUCUAGGAGGUUUGUUUAAUGUUUUAGUUGGGUUGAUUACAGUGGGAGGCUAAAAUUUGUUCGUCGAAUUAGCCUUUCCUCUCCCCUAACAAGAUCAAUAGAUUUUGACGCAAAAGGGAAACGAGAACAAAGAAAAUAUCGGUUGGGGAUAAUGCUUGAUUUUAUACCAAAUUAUUAGACAGGAAAUUAUGAUAAAAUGUAUGGCAGACAAAGCGGGGAACAGAUUAUAGAUCUUGGCAAUGAAAGGAUUAAUAUAAGCUAUCAUAAUUAGAUUCUAUGGAUGGUAUGAAGAAAGACCAUUGCAAAUAUUUCUGUUUGUGCGAAGGCUUUGAGUUUUCUUCAGUAAUUAUGGGGUUCUCAUCGCUAUUACGUUAUUACUGUAAAGGUGAUGUACUUUUCCUGAAAUAAGAAAUGAAAAUCUGUCACAGCAAAACGUUCGAUGGAUCGGGUAACAAGAAUUCAAAAUGUUAAUAAAUAGCAGUAUACUUUUUUGUUUGUUGUUUGUAGACCAAAGCCUGACACCUACACCGACCGCAGAGAAAGACGAAAGUCCAUUUUUCUACUCUCAGAAAACAAGCAAUUCACUCGUCUCUAAUGAAGAGUCAAAACUGUCAAUCAACAGUGAUGAUGAAAAGAAAAGCGUAACAUUUCAAGAAAACUCCACACCUAUCAAAGAGCGCAAAGAGCCUGUCUUUCACGACAGAGGCUUUGGUAAAGAUAGUGACUCUUUUAGUUGGGACAUCCCAAUAUAUUGUUAUGACUGCCCGAUGUCAGCCCUCGUAACAAUACCUGCUGCCGAGUCCGAUACAGAGGGGACGUCAGAGGAAAAGCGCGAAGAUAUAUUUCAAGAUUUUACGCAGUUUGCUGCUCAUGUAUUUGUGGAUCCAUUCGGUUUAGACGAGGUUCCGAGAUCCUUAGAGGGGCGAACGAAAGGAAGGUUUGGCCCCUCGAAAGACCUUCUGCUUCACUGCAGUGCGGUACAUGAUUUGUUUUUCCGAAGUUUUGUGACGUCAACGUUUUCAAGUUUGCAACACGGUCAGCAGGUGAGCAUGCGAGAUGUCCAUUCAGCAGUUGAUGCCUGCGAAGAGAACUUCCUUGAAGUAGACAUCACAGAGUUUAUCCAUACUCUUUGUGGACACUAUAUCAAGAGCAACAAGUCCAAGGAGGCUUUUUUUGAGACAACAAUCAAUGAGGAUCUUCUGUCUGUCCCAAUUUGGUUACCGUCAGAAUCAUCCGAAGAAAGAGUGAGGGAUCUCAAGGAAUCUCUGGUUGGACAGUGUGAAUCUGUAGAUGGUCUGCAUAAGUCGAUCACUGCAAAGUUUUUUUCAAUAAUGGGAAGAUACUUCAAAGCAGUUCCUCCAAGCCGAGAAUACUUCUUCUACUGUCCACAGCAGUCUGAGGGCCCGAGAAAGGUACAAUGUGACCACUUUCCCCCUUGCACAUUUGUAACAAGACGAAUAACGUGUUUCCCUCUUUUUUUUUCAACCUUUCAGUCUGCUCUUGAGUCGUUCUCCGAGUUUGAAACCUUCGAAGCAGACCAAGCUGCCGAGGACGAUGCUAUGGACAGAGACAGCGACGUGGACUCGGAUGCCUCUGAUGAUGGUGACAUCUUUUUGGACGAUGGAACAGUUCAACAGGAUGAGACAGAGGAUAUGUCUGACUUUGAAAGUCAAGCGAGUGAUAUCGAAUUUGAAGGAGAUGCUGAUGUUGGACAGGAGGUGAAGUCACCGCUCUUCUUACAGCUGACAUGUUCACUGAAAGAUACGAGAAGUCAUGGACAGCCAAUGACGCCUGUUGCUAUUAACACAUUACCUGUGUGCCUCGGUAGGAACAAAAUGCCACUUUGCACUACUAACUUUGAUGAGAAUUUGCGCAUGAAAGACAACUGGAAGAUGAGAAAUACAUUGCAGCACCAUGUCAUCGAAAUUUUAAACGAGCAGUUAUCUUACGAUACCUCUCUUUGGAGGAGUUGGUGGGAAAAGGGGGAGGGGGGGGCGUGGGAUAACUUUCUUUGGUAACGGGCACCUCCCUCUCCAUCCAUGUAAAAAGUCUCUCACUUAAAUUUAGUCUUGACCCCCCUUUUUGAUUGAUUUCUCACUGUAUAUGACAGCUGCAUGAAGUAACUUUCUUAACAUUGCAGUGCCUCGUAUUUUUUAUUUGAGUGAAUUGGUGCAAACUAUUUAUAAAAGUUGAAGUUCUUCCGGGAGCUCGCCUCGUAAUCCUUUUUAUUCUAAUUUAGAUUCAUCAAGUGAGUUGAUGAUGUAAAUUGGCCACCGUAAAGAGUUUCUAAAUCUGACGUUUUGAGCGUUAGUCCCUUGUCAAAGCGAGGUCAUUCGCUCUUCAAAUUAGCCAUGCGUCAUUCGCUCUGACAAAGGGCUAACGCUCGAAACGUCAGCUUUAGAGCCUCUUUCCGGUGAUCAAUUUAUGCCAUCAGUUUACAUUAUCAAACGAAAUAAUCUUAUAACGCUCCCCAGCUUCGUAGAAACAUACCCCUUUCUACGUUUAUCAUUUUAAAUGUUUGUCUCUCGGUAGGAGAAAUUAUCCGCAAGUUUGAAGAUCAUGAUGAAUGUCUGGAUCCCUUCAGUCCAUCCGUACGCAUCACUCUCGAUCUUAUCUGUCUGACCCUGCCAGCUGAACAUGAUUACUCUGUUCUUAAGUCUUCGGCGCGUCAUAGCUUUGCACGCUCUAAUUCCUUCUCCAGUACCAGUUCGCCCAUUUCUGCUUCUCCUUCGGAUAAAAGAUCAGGACUUUUUGACUUCAGACGGCAAGAUUCUAAAGCCACUUCUCAUGAUAUGGAGAGGUGAGGACGAGGCCUUGUUUGAAUUAGCAGGAUAUCAACAAAGUUUAAUUAAGGCCAUGUUUACACAGACCGCUACGUUCUCCGCUGACUUUGCUUACUUUACUCCCAGUGCGUGAUAGCAAUUGAAAAUAUUUUCUUUUUAGUAAACAAAUUGCUGUAUUGGUUGCUAAAGAUGCAUUUGGUCAGCGAGCUCAUAACCAUAAAUGAACUUUUAGUCAUUUGUUCCACGAUGUGGGGUGUCCAUCAGUUGUAGAGACCAGUUGUCGAUUUUAGACUGUAACCUUUCAACUGCCCUGUGUCUAAUCUCUAUCUUGUCGGGAUGAUAUACAGUAUAUGGCUUGAAUCUACAAUUUAAAAUGACUCUUCAUGGUGAGACACAAUAAAACGUUCACUUUUCAUACUUUAUUCAAUGAUUCAUAAUGUCUCAUGGGAACUGGAAGAACAAAGUGAUUUAAAAAUAACCUCAGAGUUUACCUUAGGAAUAAGGUAAUGUGAGGAUCAGUCUCCUAACUUAUCGUCUCUUGAGUUGUAUUAUAUAAAUAGAAUUAUUCUUUUUUUCAGAAUUGAAAGCUUGGAUCCUCUUCAUGGUCUCAUAAAUUCUCAGCGCCAGGCAGUGAACAACACACGUGAGGCCAUUCGUUGGCUUUUGCAGGAUGAAAUAGUCUCAGAACUCCGCCAUAUUGGACCAGUCGAUAACUCGAUGCUGGAAAAAGUCGAGCAACAUGUUCAGCAAUCUGAAGACCAUCCCUCCUGCAUUUCCCGCCGUGUUCACCUGCAAUUUGUCUAUGGGGCUGAACAAAGCUUAGAAGUCUUCGUAAAAGAAUUUGAGAGAAUCAGCUUGCCAGAAUACGUCCUGAAAAACGUGGACAAAUACUACUACUUGACAAGCUUUUCGGAGAAACAGGUUGCGGCUUUGUCGCCGUUGACUCAAGGAGAGAAUGGAGGUUAUUUGGAUAAACAGCAGGAAGAAGAGGCGACAACACCAAAUCCUGACACGGAUGGCGAAAAUUACAACCAAAAAUCUUUACCACUUCUUGAGGUCCAAGCCACUCCUGAAUCCCAUACUUCAGCUAAUGAUCGUCUGUCAACGGUUUACAUUGAAAAACAGGCAACAACCACUCAGCAUGAAGAAAGCGUGGAAGAUAAUCUCAGGGAGAAUGGAAUGAUUACCCCUCUCUCCAGACCACCGCAUCUUGGCCAGCUAGGCAAGCAGCGCUCCGAAGAAGAGGAAGAACCAGGAAACACUGCUGCAUCUACCCCACUCAGAAAUGAUGCUUCAUUCGCUUCUUCCGCUGGUAGCACGCCAAUAGGGAAGCUGAUCAUACCAGGUGAAGACGUUGGUGCGGCUGACUCAAGUAACGCAGAGGCAGAAGAGGACGAGAGCUGCCCGCUCGGUCCUUGUACGCCACGCCAUGAUGAACUGAGUGUUUCAUCAUCGGAAUCUUGCUUGAAAUUCUGGCUUGUCAUGAAAAUACUGGACAGUGAAGUGAAUAUCGUCUUUCAUCAAAGGUGAGAGGUCGUCAUUUUCUAUGUGUUCGCCUUUUUACGCCUAAAUUGUUCUACGAUACAAUAAAGGGAAAGCGCGCCGCUGUAUUAACAAUAGUUUCGUAUUACCCUGCAUUGGUGGAUUCCUAAAAUGCAGAUGGAUGCCCACUCAAUAUCACAACACAUAAGCUAACCAACAACAGGUUUUGCAACACUAACCUAUUUUAUUGCAAAAAAACAGAGUCAGUGGGUUUGUUAUUGUGACACAGCUUUAAAGCGAAAUUUUUUUUGCCUUUAUUUUGCUAAAAUGAGGUCAUUAUUUUUCAUUUUGGUCCGCCACACAGCUUUAAAGCGAAAUUUUUUUUGCCUUUAUUUUGCUAAAAUGAGGUCAUUAUUUUUCAUUUUGGUCCGCCACAUCGCAAACAUAAGAACAAUUUUGGGUGUGAGCCAUUGUUGUUAGCCAACACAAUGUGAUGGGUCUCAAAUUUUCAAACACAGGGAGUCACAUGAUCCGAAGUCUUUUUGUGCUACAAGAGCCAAUGGUCUGGUUGAGAUGGUCAUAAAUGCUCUACAUGAAAAAUGCCGCAUCGUCAAUCAGGUGGGAAAUGGUUACGUUAAAGGGUACUUUAAAAUGAUGAAUUUAAUCAGAAUGGCUAACAAUCGAAAAGUCAUCUUUGAAACUCUUUACGGUGGCUAAUUUAGGUUAUCAACUUAGUUGAUCAUACCAAAUUACACUUCUGACGAUUGGUUGAUCAGUAGUUAUUGGCGAACAUUGUGACAUUUGAAUGUAAUAACUGUGGAAAACCACACUUGUUUUUGGUAAAAUAGUUCCUCAUCAGGGGCCCCUUCAAUCGAUACAUAAAGCUUCCAAAAAUUUAUUUUGAAGACGUUCAGUUCCAUGUAGCUCCAAAAAGCGCCUUCGUAAAAAAUUAUUUCAAAUAGGCCCAUCAUGGGUUUCAUUGAAAGCCGGUGUACCGCUGCUUACAAAACCUCUUGCCAGGAGGCUCUCGUAGUUUGGUUUCCCCUCACAGCCUCCCUACACCAUGGGCGGCCAGUUCUACAAAAAAAAGUUUUUGAAAACCUUUGGGCCACGAUGAAUCAGAAAUGCUCACUUAUUUCGAAACGCAACAGAAUGGAAAUUCUCGUUCCCAUCACCGACUUUUAUAAAGAGUCAUGCAAUUUUUGGGUUUUGAAAAGAGAUGCACAAUAUUGUCACAAGCAGGAGACCUAGAAAGAUGUGAAUCUUCAGAGUCUUCAAGAGUCAGAUCAGAUCCUCUUCUAAAUGAGAUACAGAGAAUUCGUUAGCGUGCUGACCCGUAUGCACUGUUUACGGUUGAUGUAUGUUUGUGUUCAUGCUAAAAAAAUCCUACAGAGCAGAGAAACAAGCGCUGACUUAACUAAUGAACAUGCAUUCCCUUCAUCCAUAGCGAAUGUUGCUACAUGAACUAUUUGAGACCAAGCUGUGCAAUUCAAUGUUAUUCCCUGAGUCAGACGAGGACAUUUGGAAACAUGAAGAUAUGCAAAUCUCAGUUUCCCCCCUCGGUGUUCACAUGACCAAAGGAGACAGUAAAGGUAAGAAAAGGCUAAAAUUUGCAAGACAUUUCUGCGGCGAUCACUUUAUAUCUGAAUUUAGAUGAAGGUCUCAGUUACGAAUAUUACAUUUGCCUCAAGGUCAUCCAAAGGACUGCAGCUUAGACACGUUCAACCCUUUACACCCUAGCAUAAGAAUCCUUGUUCUCCUUUUCAUCCUCAAUACAUUUCCCUUGAUACUGACAAGGAGAAUUCCUUUAACAAUCAAAGCUUUUUAGGUUAGCGAUCAUUUCUUUUAUUCUCAUAAUCUUAACGAAUGACUAGGGAUAUUAUUGUAGGGAGAAAUGAGUUGCUGAUCGCUCUUAGAGAAAGGGGUAAAAAAUUUACUGAUGUGGCAUUAAGUGAGUGAAACCUCGACAACUUUGUGCGUAGGUUAUAAGAACCCUUGAGUUAGAAAUGCAACGUACAACAACAACUACUUUGCUCGCACCCUUCUACCUGGCUUCCUUGAUGCGGAAGCCUGAAGUUUUUCAGGCCUGCUUCAAUUUGUUGUUCUUUCUCUUCAACUUCUGUCAACCUUAGAAGACCAAUUCGCCAUCUGUUAUCACAUUCACAGUUCAAAGUAUGUUUUAUCUCAUACACAUUAGUUGCAAUUAUAUUUUUUCGUAGGGAGAAAAGAAUUCGAUAACCUUUGCUCCGCCGUUAGCACUUGACUUUGUAAUAUAUUCGUGGGAUUGGAAGGUUAUAAGGGGGAAUUCACAGUAGAGUAUCACAUUACAAAGAAUGCUGAUCUAUUUCUCUAGGUCGUGUCUCCAGUAAGUUUGUUCCAGUCCAGUUUCUCUUCCAACCUGGACACUUUGGCUGCGACAGUAAGUGGUACACCCAUUUACCUGUGCAUCAGCGACUUUUGGAAACCUCGGGUCGAACAGGGGUAUCCCGUGGGCUGAAGGUCAUUAAGAGUGCAUUGGAAACGUUUGACGUGAGGAAUAGGAAAGACAUGUUUGUGUACAAAGAUAGCGCUGGCUCUAUCUUCUACUUCAGGUAAUGUAAAUUGUUUUGUCUCCCUUUUGAAGUAUGAAUCAAACUUUUCGAGUAAAGUUUUGUUUAUUUGAAUUCUCUUCCAUGAUGAAAAAAACUGGUGUCCUAACUUGACAAACCAUGAUUAUAAAUUACCCAGAGACCAACUUCGAUGUAAUCGCAACUAUAAAUCUGAACAAACGAAAGUACCAGCAACAGCCAAUUAGAACGUAAAGAAAACAACAGCCGACUAGAAGCAUUGAAAACACAAAUGACCGAGUUGCAAUUGUUGUUGUUUUUGCAAUUUAUUGGUUGCGAGGGUAACGCAAUUUUUUAUCCACCAGUCACAGUGCAGUAAAUGAAGACCAAGUUAAUCUUGAAUUACUCUGAUAAAAAUUUCUUUUGGUAUUCAGUCGUGUAAUCCUUAUAAGGGCAUUUGUGAGUGACUAUUGUUUAGUAAAACGUAGCAAAAAUAUCUUCAGAGAUGCGCUAGUCAAUGAGCCAGUUUUCUGCUUAAGUUGUGGAAAUAGAGAUGUCACAUCUAAUAAAAUUCCUUUAAAGGAAAACAUUCACUCAAUUAACAUCUCAUAAAGGACUGACAUUCGGGAACGAAAUAACUCACAGUGAUGUUCCCGUUGGUUCAUGUCAUUCUCUCUUUUACGUUUCAGGUUGUUUGAGUCUCUAUGUUCGUCAAAUCAAGUUCGUUCUGACCCUCGUAGUUCAGGAGAUGAUGACGACGAUUAUCUUUCUAUGGUAUCGGUGACAUCACUGGCUGGUUCAAGAACGUCAUCACAGUUGUCCCUGUCGUCUUUCGUAAACAGAGGGCCAGGAGAUGUAGAUGAAGACGUCGCUGUAAGUUGUAACAGGGCGGCAUUGAACUAUUAUUGAGGAGAACCCAGCUGGCUUGGGAUGUAACAUUGCCUCUUCCAUCCUUGAUUGAAACCACCGCAUAGACACGCUCCGGGGGAAGGGAGCGGGGUACUUCCUAGUAAUAGGCUAAUAGGGAUGUGCCGCCGGAUGGGUCGCAUUGAAUUGACUAUAAUGGGGUUGCAUUUUUAAUAGCGUUUCUAGGAUGGGGUCGCACAUUUCGGGAUUUUAAAGUUAAGUCAAUUGCGGGAGUUAGAGUUGCGAUCGACGGCGUCUAUAAUUGGUCGCUGAAAAGAUUAUUAUGGAGCAGGGGAUCUGAGAGGCCAGCGGCACAUACUUCCCACGGAAGUUUUACCUACGAAGAUUGUCAUUUAACCAUUUGAAUAAAAGCUAUUGACUAGAGCCUUCAGCUUGUGUGUUUACUAAGUUGUAUUUUCAUCGUUUUUAACAGGAAGCGAAGUCAAAGAAGCUUCCAACGACCCAAGAGCAAGACACAACCAGUAUUCAUUCAGCUCAGCCCGUCAUAGACAAAAGCAUUGCACUUCAUGUAUACGGCGUGGACGAUCCAGGUCCGGAGAUCACUGUAGAACUUGUUGACCUUUUGCAGAACAGAAUUAAUGAUGCUAUGCUCGAGGUUUUGUCAGUUCUACUUGCCAGAAAUCCAAACUGUAAACUGACUUACGCUGAUGUCCGGGUAAGCUUUGGUAGGAAGGAAAAGUUUAAUACGAUAAAGAUAGACCGAAUAAAAAUGGUUAACGAGGCAGGUGAUUCACGUGGAUUACAAACUGACAAACAUCAAAAGUUCAAUCUGAUUGUUGUAAGGCACAUUAUCCAUUAUCCGUUUGUCACUGGGCUCCUUCAAGAAUUAGGAAAUGCAUGGGAUAGUAUCUUUAGGAAGCUAGCAGUACUCCCAGUCACUUCAUAGCCAAAAGCUGGGACAAGCUCCGACGACAUGGCUCACUUGUUUCAAGUACACCAACACUAUGUAUCAUUAACCCUUUACACCCUAACAUCAAUAUGCAUAUUUAUCAUCAAUAUGCAUAAUCUCCACACUGUUCUUCAUACAUUUCCUAAGGUGCUGACAAGGAGAAUUUGUCAGCCAAUCAAAAGGUUUCUUCCCCGGUGACCAUUUCAUUUAUUCUCGUGAUCUUAAUUUGUGAUACAGGAGAGAUAUUGUUGGGAGUAAGUAGAUGACAAUCACUCUUAAGAUUUAAAGGGUUAAAUAAAAAAAAAUGGAGGUAAAGUAAAACUCAUCUAAAAGGAUGGAACCUAGAGUUUACACCCUUUUUCAGCUUUCAUCACUUUGAGUGUAAUUAUGCACGUUGCCACUAGCUUUGUUCGAAACAUUCAGUUGCGGAGGCUCCUCUAACCUUCCACUUAUUUAAUUUCUACAGUUUAUACAGCCUCAAAAUGAACCACCAAAAACAACCCUCACUCUCCUAAUCCCAAAAAUGGACGUCAAUUUCCUCUGUCCGUUGGUAUUCUAUUUGCGACAAAACCUUUUGCAGCUCCUACACUUUCCAAGAUACAUGGACUCGGAUCCUAGCCAUUAUUUCAAGGCCCUAAGUGGAAGUAAGUUGGACGCUACCGGAAGUGCUAGUGGCGAAAGCCGUAAAUUGGAGCCAGAGAUUUACUUGUACAACAGGCCGCAUUCAUCUGGAGGAAAAGGUUUGAGAUAAAAACACGUGGAUAUUGUCAUAUUAGUAGCUAGGUUGAUAUGUGUUAGUUCAAUUAAUUAAAUGUUAUGUUGAUUUGCACUGCUGAUUAUUUGCUUGCUGUUUUUUAUAUUUUCAGGUGUGGCCUGUAUAUCUGUGUCCGUUCUCAACUGGCGUGGUGGAUAUAUUUACAUUCCAUGUGGAAAGAGAGUUUGUGUGUAUGCUGGGGAGAUCGACUUAUUCGAAUACUUAACUGAGGUGUCCUUAUGUCCAGACGAGCUUCACCUAGGUAAUUAUUAAAGGCAGUUUUCACUUGAGUUUCAAAAGUACUUAAUUACACUUUGUGAUUGGUCCAGAAAACUCGCACCAUCUUCUGAACAAAUCAGAUCCAAAACUGAACCCAAUCAUUACUUUAUUUCGUGCCCAAGCCUAUUUUUACUUGAAGUUCUUAUUGGUUAAUUAUAGGGUCAACCUUCACUUCGAUUGGUUGUUGUGAUUAGUUUGGUUUCACUUUUUCAAAACAUAGAAACGUUCGUUGUUUAUUUAUUUAUUUAUUCAUAUAUUUGUGUGUGUGUAUUCCAAUGAUGUCCUUGUUGAACCCAAGGAUUGUUAACGUUUCGAUCAAAAGGAAAACGCCUUUUAUUUUAGUAUUUUGAGUUUAUUGGAAAUUGAUAUGAUCAGGUUUUUCUUUUCCUUUUCAGCCGAUGAUGACAUCAAGGUGCAAUUUGCAAUUUGGGAACGUGGUAAUAUCGGCCUUGACCAGCUCUCUGAACAGCUGAAGCUCACUUUAAGGCAUGCUCUCUGCGACCUGCUAACAGAGUACUACCUUUUGGCUGCGCCUUUAUCCAAAGUGCCAAAGUUGUACCGGAAUUCGUCGAAUACACGUCUUCGGUCUUCCUCGGCGCCUACCUCCCCCUUACCCAUACCACCCAAGGUGCCUACUCAUUUAGAGUCCCCUCCUGAGAAACCUGCCACGCCUUCCAAACGGCAACUGGAUUUUGGCAGCCAGUCCAGCUUUCGAAACAAGAGGCCCUCAGUUUCGGGUCAUCGCCAAACUCCAUCUGAUGGGAGCACUCCGUCUUCUGGUUCCACAGGGGCAACAAGGAGGUCCCCGCAGAAUCCGUUUCUCUCCCAGCGGCAGAGUGUUUCUUCUCCUAAUGCUGUUUCAAGGCAGAGCACAGUAGAGGAUGAGGUUUUCCAGUCGAACUCAACCUCACCUGCUGCAGAUGUUAUAGAAGUAUCAGCCAAGGAAAACAAGGCAAAUAGCCAUGGCGUUACCGAGUCAACAGAUGAUUUACCUGCAGAAGGUAGGGUAUUACAUUGCUUGAGGUUAAUGGCGAGUAUUACUUUGGGUUAUCGCCGGCUCGUUGCGGUUUUAACCUAUUCUGAUCAGCCGUUGUGAUUACUUUGGGUUGUAUGACAGACACCUUUCAAAUUAACUCUGUAGGUUCAGUGUAUUCAGUAGGCUCGUUUUGCGCUUGCAGAGGUUGCAGGAAGAGGUCAAGCAACAUUGGAGAGCAAGGACAAACUAGGGAUGAAAAACGCGCCGGAAAAACUAGACAACUCAUCUGAUAUAGAACCAACAUUCGAAAGUUUCACCGCAGCUGAAAUCCAAGAGUCUCAAGAAUUUACUUCGCAACCCGGUACCCCAGUCACAGAAAAUGUAGCGUUUCUCUCAAAAAAGGAGGAACAGCUCUCUGAGAAACUUAAUAAACCAUCAAGUAUUUCCUCUGCGAGUUCCAUCAGUGGCUCCAAGAGCUUAAACUUCAGCGGGAUGGAGUCAUCAAGUGUAGGAGGACAAUUGAGUGAUGUCCAAGGCACCUGGCAGGAUGUUGAGGCCGUGAGAAGGAAAGAAAGAGAAAAGAAGAAAAGGCGAAUUCAGUAUGAGAAUGGAGAACGCGGUGAACUUCAUCCAAGGUUGUUAAACUGUCUUUAAUUUCUUUUCAUAUUUAGCCCCGUUAACUUCCAGGAUGUGCGAGUUCAUUCUCCCCUCUUUUUGUCAUAUACUUACUUGUAGAAAUUGGUGCCAUCUUAAAAUAACCUCCCCGUUUCUCAUCAUGUGUUUAAAGUUUAUUAAUAAUACAAAUUUGAGGAGAGGUUAUAUGUUUUUCUCGUCUACGAGGCCUUAUUUUUUUUUUUUUUUUAUCUUUUUAGUCUCCAGGGCCUUUGUCAAAAGAUGUUCUCUUUCUUUCGUAAGCUUGAAGUCCCAUCAGUGUACUGUAUUGAAGGAAAAUUGCUGAACAACUUUGCUUCCGACGCCUUUCUAGCUGAACUGUGCAACUUAAUAUCGUCUGUGUGUCCUGAUAUGAAACCUAGAGUCUACCGUGAAGCUCCUGUGUAAGUAUGAUCAUACUCGUGUUCAAUAUUCAACUGUCCACAUUAUCCACAGCACAUACAGCUAUUCACAAUAGCCACAGUAAAGACAGCGAUCUGAACUGUCUCUAAUAGAUACAACUAUAUACACAAACUACAGUAGAAACAUUAUUUAAGGUAAAUAUAGCGGUCAACGCCAUGUACAGAAAAUACAUAUACCUAAACUGUCCACAACAGAUUGAUAAAGGGGUGAGUUUCUAAGGAAACUAUGGUGCUGCGUCGGUGGAGAGUAGAACAAGAUAAUUUGGUGUUAUCAACUGAGUUGAUAAUGGAAAUUGGCUACCUUAAAGAGUUUCUAAACGUUUUGAGCGUUAGGGCUAAGUCAGAGCGAAACGUUGGACUAACGCUCAAAAUUUCAGCUUUAGUAACUCGGUGACCAAUUUACGUUAUUAACCCAGGUGAUUUUAUAUAUUUUUUUAUUUUUACUUUAAAAAAUAUUGGUUUUCGUUGCCCAAUAGAGAUUCUGCUGAUGGCAACGAAGCCGAUUGUAGUCAAGAAUUUCGCUGCCUGCACUAUUAUCCAGCCAGACAGCCUUUGAAGGUGACUUAUUUAUUGAACUCUGAAAUUGUUAUAGAAUAUCUACUGUAAUGUAUGGGUGGAUACUGGCGUAGAUCUGCACUUUGCCGACUGAUUCUGUCAGUCUCCCCGUUCUUCAGUCAGUCAGUCAUUCAGUCGGACGGUCGAUCAUUUAGUUUUUCAGUUUGUCAGUUAGUAAGUCGGUUUGUCAGUCAUUCCGUCAGUCACUUUGUUUGUUAGUCGGUCAAUCAGUCAUUCGGUCUGUCAGUUAACCAGUCAGUCAGUCAGUCUGUCUGCCUGUAUGUCAGUCACUUAGUCAGUUAGACAGUCAGCAUUUAUUGCAGUAUUUCUCAAAGCCAGUAGACCAGUCCUUAACAUGAAAUAUACUCUCUACGUUUAUGUGGUGCUUCUAGGUGCAAGACAUGGAAGAGUCCACCACAGACAAAUCAGGAAAGCCGUUCACAACUCUUCCAAAGUCGUCACAGUUCUUUGUCGUCGUUGGUCGAAAUGUGGACCAAUGGCGAGCUAGUCUGGGACUUGAAGAAGGUGAGGACGUAUGGCCGCUUUUGUGGGACGGCAGAAACAGAGAGGAACAAAUCAAAACAGUCUCCUUUGUGAUGGAAAAGUUUGAAGUUUCCCAUUUUAAAACGCUGCAAAACAAGUUAAAUACAAAACAGUAUCAGCUACAAAUUUAAAAGAAGUUGAUUAGCAGCAAGUGUGUUUGAUUAAGUUAGAGACUUUUAACCAUUUAUCUCUGACAUUGUUGCUUUCAGAUUUAUCUCAAGAUGACGCCUUGGGUCGUCCGCGAAGUACGUAGUUUCAUCAAGAUAUCGUACCAUAUCAAACUCUUUUAAUUGCCUUCUUUUUACGUCUGCAUGAUUGUCUGUUUGUCUGUCUUUCUCGAUACUCAAUUUAUGUUCCUGUCUGUUACUACUAUUAGUUUGCCUUCCUAUUUGCUUGUUGUGUUUACUGUUUAUCCACCUGUAUCUCUCGGAAUGUAUACAUAUAUUUUUAUUUUUUCUUUUCAGUUCGCACAGGUCUUCAGCGUUUUAAGCCACUGGACCCAAAUGCACUCGUUCCCGGCCGAAAUCUUGCUGAAAGCGUAUCUCUUUCUAGCUUGUCUUUGGGUGGGGGGUCCCGGUCAUGGAUAAAGACGAAAAAAUAGGGUAAUUUGUAUUAACAAGUGAGUCGAUGGAUAAAGUUUCGAGGUCGUCAGAGCGAAAAGAGGAUGGGUUGGUAAUUUAGAAAAUAGAUUACGGCAAUGCUGGAGACAUGGUCGAUAACGUGAAAUAGGCCACUGUAAAGUUGACGGGAUUUGAACGCAUGACCUUUGGAUACCGAUGCAUUUGAAUCCAAAACGGGCCUGAUUUUUUUUUUUCCAGCUCCGUUGUUUCAAUAGUGUUCUUACAAAGUGCAAAUAUAUGAAUUUCAUAUUUCUAAAAUCAUCAAGGGUAAAUUAGUUGAAUAAAAAGCGCUCGUUGAUACCGUGGGAAUUCGAAAGAGUUUUGCGGCUUUCCGAACUGCUUAGAUGUUGGGAAAGGUCGCAAACUGCUAUAUGCUGCCCAGAAUGAUUAGGGAGAUUAAAGUGUCUGGCGACUGGUUUGGAUGCGUCCUUGUCAUUUAAAAUGGUAGAAAAUGAUGGCUAGGCGGAAUAGAAUGGUCAUGUGGACAGAGACGAGGGAAGCGUUGGACAUGAGUUGGUAAUCGUGCAAUUUUGCUUGCAAAGAAACACUCAUUGAUUGUAUUUUUACACUGUUAACUUUGAUAUAGAAUGGAGUCACCCUGUUUAGUCCUGAGCUGUCUUUGAUCGUAACUUAUAAGAGGUGGUGGUUCGAAAAUGCAUAUAAGCGCAAAUCUUCGUGAGGUUUAGUGGUUGCAAAAAUAUAAACAGCACCUCACCUUGAUAAACAACUUACGCUUCUUUGUUCUCUUAAAAGGUGACAGCCUUUACGUAUAACUGGGCUUCAGAUAUAAAUACUACCUUCGAAAAACAACUGCAUCGGCUGAUAAACUGGAGUAAUGUUCGUUGCCACCUUACCUAUUGUCUUCUUAGUCAAAAAAUGGGACUUUACCAUCACACAUUAUUUACAGACAUCAACAAGGGCAAGGAAUCGAAGGUAGAUCAAAGCUUCCAUGAGUCUUCCAUUGAGACAUUUGCUAUUUUUUCGGCGUCUCACGUCCACCCAUCAAAACUAAGGAAUUGUCAUAAGCUAUUGUUAGUUUUUCAUGAUACAACAUAAUCGAAUUGUAUUUGAGAUGCAAAAUUUUGCAGCAUUCAGAACGUUGACUGAAUUUGUGAAGAUGUCUUUGCUAGUAACUGACAUGCUGGUGACUGAGUAAGCAAAAUAACCCGAUUUACUCAGUGCUUUGUUUAUCGCAAGUUCACAAGAUAAAGUAUAGAAGGGGUACGUUUCUAAAGAAACUGCUGUGCUGCGUCGGUGGGAGAGUAUAACAGGAUAAUUUAGUGUUAUCAACUGAGUCGAUAACGUAAAUUGGCCACCGUGAAGAGUUUUAAAGCUGACGUUUCGAGCGUUAGUCUUUCUUCAGACAAAGUAUUUUUGAAGUCUUUGUCUUUUUUUGCCUCUAAUAUUGGUCUGCGAUUUUGAAUGAACUGAAUGUAUGUCAAUUUUCAUUUAUCCGAAGUCUUGCACAGCAAGUUUUUUGGUUUUGUUGGUUUGUUUUUUCCCUGACUUCUAAAUGAAAAAAGUAUGCUUUUUUUAAUUUUCAGGACAUGAAUCCUUUCUGUUUAUCAGCCAAUGAUAAGGACAUGUCACUCCUGAUAAGUCAUCCAGGGCCACCUGCGCCUGAUGUAAGUAGAUAAUAGUCGUUUUUUAUGAAAUAUUCUACGACCCAACAAUAGAACUGAUUCCUGAUUCAUGCAAAUAUGUGCUUGUCAAACAAAACUAUGUAAUAUCCCAAUAUCGUUGAGGGAGAUAGACUAAGCUUUCAAGAGCCAGGGCGGUCUUCAUCAUUUGCAGCUAGAGAAAUUGGCCUACUCCGAAGAGAAUUUUUAUUGUUCUGCUCUGAAACAAUGUUUGUCGUUGUGUCAGUAUCUAAGCAACUACGCACCCACCCCUCCCCUAACCCCAAAACAGUCAACUGAUUAUAAGUUCCACUGAUUUGUUGUUGUUUGAUGUUAUCGAUACUUCAAACCUUUAUUUUACCCUUUUUGAGGUUUCGUAAUGUGUAACAACGUGUUCGAAAGAAAGCUUAAAUUUCUUUGUUCAAAUCAGAAGUGUUUGAUAGGCAUACUGAUUUUUUUCAGCGUGCUGUGCCGAGAUCAAUGCCGCCGUCUCCGAGUAUUCUGGUCUUUGAUAAAGUUCUACGUGAUGUCACGCCUCCCAGACCUCUUUACCGCACCCCUUACUCCCACAACCGAGAUCUUGUGAAAAGGCAUGGGUACCAGUUUCAGGUGAGACUGAGUCGCGGCUUCGUUAUUCUUUAUUCUUCGUUAUUUAUGAUUAAUCCUCUCGACUUCGUCACGAGGAUUAAUCAACGCUAUUUACUUGGCGAAUAUUUGUUCCUCAACUUUAGCGGAAGACAUUUCUUUAAGCCUGGAUCAGGAGUCUCCUUCUCUUUCACAUCAUUUUCGCUUGAAUCUUUCCCGUGUGUCUUUUUGGAAGGUCCACUCAUCAUAUAGCACGACACUAAAUAACACCACGAUAUGAUCUAUAUGGGACGGAAUCGUGACUUCUUUCCUUCUUUCUUUUGUUUUCCAGGAGAUUCGGUCAGUCCAGAUCAAAAGUAAGCGAUAAUCACUUCAACGUGUUUUAAUGUUAUUACUUCAUGCGGCCUCCCGUAGCGACCUCAGUGCUUAUUUUCUUCACUCCUGCUUUGAUAAAAUUGGUUUGACUCUUUCCUUGUUCUCUUAUUGUUGAUUUGCAGAGGCGAUUUUGGAGAAGAAUUUAGACGAGCUGUAUGUCAUGUGGCAGCGUAGGCCUCCUCACGUUCAGAUCAGUGUAAGUUGGUAGAAGUUACUUAGCUGCCCAAAAAUUAACGCCCAAUCUCUUGAUAAACAAGGGAUGACUGGGGAAUUUCCAGGAAUAAACAAUACCCCUCGAAACUCCUGCCCAGCAGCCAAGAACAAAUUCAGUGGUUAUUGACGUAUCUGUAGGUCACACCGUUUAGAUUAUGAGGAUCAAUGUAAGUAUCUUAGCAAACGCGCACCUACUCCUCUUCUAACCCAAUAUUAACCCUAACUUUUAUGACUGUCGUUAGUUUAGGGAAGGGGUAGGUGCGUAGUUGUUCAGAUACUGACAUUUAUCCGUUUAUGACAUGACUUACAAACUUUCACAUCUUUCUGUUGUUUUCUCCAAGUGAAUGUUUCCUUUUUUUCUCGUUGAUGACUUUGCGUUCUGUACCAGAUUUUUUAUGUAUUAUUCUGGAACUGUUUCACAGGAGGAUAAAAUCGAAACACUCAAGCGCUCGUCCAGGUUAAUCCACUAUUGUGCAGCUCCUCUCUUGUUCCACCCAGACUGGAGAAAGCUGCGUUCUUCUUACGCCCCGGAGAAUAGCACCGUGACCACAGAGGAAACAUCCAGCGAAGAUAAAAAACAGGAAACUAAGGAAAGAAAAACAAGUAAAGCACAGAAAACGAUUGACGGUGAGUGUCAAAGGAUUGUAAUACGAAUCUGUGAAUCUAGUUAUUGAGUAAGUUUCUUAUUUUUUGGAGUAACCCCCCCCCCCCCUGCAAAAGGUAGGCAAACAAGACUGACUUGCGUUGCAACAGAAAAUUGUCCAUCUAGGCUUAGCUACCUCGUUACCUCAUCAGCUCUUCGUUAGAUCUCGCUAGUUCUCCUAUAGUUUGCUGGUACCCAUAUCUACUCGAAGGGGCGGGUGGGGGUGAAGAUCUUUUUGAGAGUACCUUCCCAUGUUUGUUCUCUAACACAUCGUUAGGCAUCACUGAGAGAUACUGAGACUGCCUAAUAUAAGAGAAAUCGUCAGAUUUUUUAGAACUGUGAUGUCUCCUAAUAUGAAAUUAUGGAAAUUUUGCUUUGUAGAAACAAAUAAGGAAGAAACAGCUGAAGCUGAAAAGAAACCACGCACUGAAGAAGCCUGGCACAAAGAGUUACGGUCUGCUUAUUUGCAGCUAUACGUGCAGUACAUGCAGUCUCUGCAAUUUAUUGUGGUGCAAAGCAGGCCGCAAUCACCAAAGCAGUCCAGGAGGUAACACAGAGAUGCACAAAUCUUAACUCACAAACCAGUACUGUCUCAUACAAAACUGCAACAGGAAAUAUUUUUCUUUGAAUGGAUUCGCUAUAGAUUUUCAUCCACAGACCUUAAAAAUGUACCUUUUUUAUGCAACUUAAUAAACAGUACCACAUGACCUUUUGCUUACACUGGAUUGGUGGCACCCCUUGGGGUCCUCCACAAACUUAAACGUAGCACCUCCUUGUAGAAUGUUGUGAACGACAGAACUGUUCCAUAACGUUCUUUGGAAGAGCCAUACUAAGUAACUUCUUACACUGAGUUGGCACCAAGAAUUUCAACAGAGUUUUAUCUAUUUUGCCUCAUAACAUGAAAAAAAUGACAGAGAUUACAGUUAUUUACAUAAUUCACAGUAAAAGUGUAAUAAUGUUGGGAAUUUAGAGGGAUGUGGGGAGAAAGCCCAAUAUAGGCUGGGAUUUUUUUUCGAUAUUAAUACGAAACAUCACGGUUCCAUUUAAUACCACAUGAACAUACCGCUAACAAAUGUUUAUCAACGGAUGUGAAGAGCAUAAAUUUUCACCUUUCAGGCAUCUUGGUCGCGGAGCUGUUAACACUAAACCGAAAAGAGAAAGUAGCCCAGCCGACGUUAAGAAGCAAUCCUCAACUAAAGACAGGAAAGACAGUUCACCAAAAACUCUGCAGCGUUACCUACAGAAAACUUCUCCUGGAGGAAUCAUGCUGAUGGAAUUAGUGUUUCAGGUUGGUUUGCAUAAAGAUUACAGGGUGAAGUUACAAUCUGAGUGGAAGACUGGCUACUGGAGUUCAUCUUGAUAUUGUAGUAAGAGGUUACAAGGAGUAUUGUUACAUCUCCUGAAUGGGAUGCUUCUCUAUCACAGGUUACCCUUGAAAUAAUCCCCUGUCGGUGCUUAUCUUGCAUUUCACAACAUGAAGAAACAAGGGGAAAUGUUGCAACUUCCAGAUGGGAUGUUACUCCAUCAGGGGGAAAAACCCUGGGAUAACCCCGGUCGUCACUUAUCUGGUAUUUUAUAUCUUGAAAAGACAAGGAUUAUUGUUGCAACUUCCGGUUGGGAUGUUACUCCAUCAGAGGAAAAAACCCUGGGAUAACCUCGGUCGUUACUUAUCUUGCAUUUUAUACCUUGAAAAUAAUAGGAUUAUUAUUGCAACUUCCGGAUGGGAUGUUUACACCAUCGGGGAAUAACCCCUUGGAUAACCCGUAUCGUUGCUUAUCUUGCAUUUCAUAUCUUGAAAAGACUAGGAGUAUUGUUACAUCUCUUGCAUUGGAUGCUACUGUAUCCUGCGGGUAAAUCCUUGGGAUAACCCCUGUGGUUGCUUACCCCAAAUUUUAUAAGGUGAAGUGACUAAGAGUAUUGUUAUUCUUCCUUGAUGGGAUUUGACUCCAUUGCUACACUAAACAUGGCAAAAUCUAAUCAAAACUGAAGGUAGUGUAUCAGAGGGAAGCCAUGAAUUUCAUUCUUAAAUUGUUUUGCUUUACUAGGGCUGCUUCUUUAUCGUUCGACUUUAUGCGUUGGGAUGUUCUCAGAUUCCUUCAGGAAAAUCAACUUCUGUGCAGGUGAGUACGUUUACGGGACUAUUGAGUCGUUAUACCCUGAAAAUGUUGAGGUCAAAUCUGCUGCCUAACUAAGGUCCUCAACGCCGGACCUUACCACAGCUUCUGUACCAUGAGGUAAAUAGGCGUUUUCCCCCCUCCCCUUCACUGUGUGGAUAGAUGCAAUGCUAAUCCAUCGAAAAUUAGAGCAGAACAAAAGUAAUUCUUAAAACAAUUUAACUUGUUCAACAUCUUCAUAUCGAUUUUUUCCCCACAUUUUCUUUUUGCACAGAUCUGUCGUAUGUUUGUGGAAGACUGCAAUCGUCACAGAGAAUAUAUUCAUCUUCUCUCGUUCAACUAUGACUUUCACUUGUGCAAAGCGCAAUUUUACUUGAAUGGAAGCCAGAUAAUUUUUAACAAAGGCUAUGGAGUCACACACAUGCUAAAGGGAUUGUUGCAAGAGUACGUGAACAGCCCUGUGUUCGCAAGGAACCGCCUUGGUUAUGGUAAAGCAUUAAUUUCUUUUUCAUUUUAACUGGUAACACCCCAAAGCCUUGUUGGUUGGUUUCGUCACGCAACACGUUGCCUGUUGCGUGACAAGACCAAUCAAGGAGUUGCUCUUUUGAACCCUUUCACUUUAGAGAGUGACCAGUACUGAAGCGUUUUGCUACUAGGGGUGACCAAUAUGUAAUUUCUCCUUAGCGAUCCAUUGCCGAGCAGAGAGGUGAUAAGAAGAAAGAGAAAUAACAGCCAGAGGGGAUAUUGCUAUUUAUGUUGAAAGCUUGAAAGUAAAAGAGUUGAAGUUAAUAUGACUUCCAACACUCUGGCAAUGAGAAUAUUAAAAACACGACAAUUUAACAAGUGGAUAGUGUUUGGAUAGAACACCAGUUCUUUAGGAUAAUACAAAACAUAAAUUUAUCGCAGUUAGAAGUUAUCCGAAACUCUUAUGAUAGAAGCCUCACCCUCAAGUUUGGUAAUAGCGACGAAUAGAUUCCUUCCUAGAAGAAAGAGUUUGAAGCCAUCAUGUUUUACUUGAGUGUCGAAUUUAAGCUGAAGAAGAAAUUGCUGUAUAUCUAGUACAUGAAUUAUAAGAGUUUCGAAUACAACGUAGCCGAAAGAGAGAUCACAUUUCACGAUUGAAUUACGAUUGAAGGAAAAUUACGUCUCCAGAUACGGUUCACAUGAUCCCACUUAGUAGCAAAAUGCACUCAAUCGAUUGACAAACUGGAUAUGUGUCAUACUUAGAAAUCCUUUUUAGGUGAAAUUUCAGUGCCGUUGCACCCAGGAAUCACACCCCAAAUUGUGUUUAACUACCUGGUGAAAAAGGCUUCGUUUUACGAGUUUCACACGCUACCUGAGCAAACAACGAAUGCCUCAAGCUCCGAAACCAACCGAGUUCUUACGCACAUUCUCCGAGAGUAUGGUGAUUAUGACGUCAGCUUCGUUUUGUCGCUGAAGGAGACGAAAGAAGAAGGCGUGGUCACCAUGGAAUACAUUGUCUUAAUGACGAGUCGCAGAGAGCUUUUUCCGAAGUUAACUUUGGAUUUAAGACUUUCAAAGAAGUCACCAUCGUCAGGUUCGCUUUCAACCAUGAGCAGUGGAAAUAGAACCGUGGAUUUGCCAGAGAACGGAGAGACAGAGCAAGAAAUAGGUAUUGGCGAGGAAGUGUUAAAAAGGACCAUACUAUUUUAAAACGAUAUUGAUUAACCUGAGUGAGAAUUAGGCGAGUUUGAACGUGAUCUUUGGAUGAAAAAUGUGUCAAAAAGUGGUGUAAGAGCACAAUGAGUGGCAAAAGAAGUUGGUACGCCAUCCGUCAGAAGGCGGUCGCCAACCUAAAACCAACUCAAAAUUUCAUGCAGAAAUCUUGUAAUUUUUCUCUAAUGAGUUACUUUAAAGAAAAACUCUUUCCUCCAAAACAAUGUUGCAAGAAAGUCUUGAACGUUAUCCUAAUAUUAGGUGUGCGCGCAACAAACAAAAAACUAUUUUAAGUGGCAACACAACUAAAACUCGCGUCUUAUUCAUUUUUUUUCUAGCAUCACGUGUACGAUUCAAUCUACCCAUGGGGAGUUCCCAAGGAAUCCCAAACCUCCCCUCCCCUGGUGAGUUCCACAGGUCAGCCUCCUCACCCCACUCCCUGUACGCAUUGGGUCACGAGGGUGGGUCGCAGAUCUUCAACGUACCUUCGUCGCGCUCGGACGAAAAGAUUGGUGACCACCACCGGGAUGUGCUUCCGCCGUUUGCGCCAAUUCCAGAGCAUUACGAAGAAGAGUUACCCGAGAAUGUUGCCUUGCGCGAAACCAAGCUCCUUAAGGAAGCUUCCCUGCGUGGCCGCGACCAUUUGGUGCAUAUAAUCUGUCGGGCCCAGACCCACUGCAACCGAGACUUGUUAUGGCAUCGUUUGCUGGUUGGAGAGACUGAGGAUGAAGAGAGAGACGGAGGGAAAAAGAGCAGGCGUAAGAGCGUCAUGCGAAAAUCCAGCUCAGAAACGAGUCUUAAACAGAGCUGGGCAAAGACUCUUGACUCGCUUAACCCCGGAGCAGAUCAGGUACAGUCCAUUCUGUUCAUUAAGAAUAGUUUCUAUGAGUCCCCUUAUACAGUUGGUAAGGGUUGGUGGAACAAUGUUAGUAUCUAAUCAACUGCGCACCCACCCCUCCCCUAACCCAACAACAGUCAACUGAUAACAAGGUACGGUUAAUGUGGGGUUAGUGGAGGCGUAGUAGCGCAGUUUCUUAGAUACUAACAAUGAUUCGGGAUGGUUAUGCGGGACAGUACGUAAGUCUUGGUCGGCCCUACUCCCAUUGCAGUGUCAAUGCCUCAUCAAGUAGGCAUGUGACGAGAACAAAGAAAGCCGUUAGAUGUGUGACGGGUGCGUGACAGCCUUGCGUGACAAAUUUGCUAGUCAAAGUGACGUGAAUAACAAAGGAUUCAUUUUUAAGCCCUUGACUUUCUUUUUUUUUUAACAUUUCAUUGUACAAUUCUUUGUUGCAGGUGUCACCGUCGCGCUUGACCUUUGAAGAUUUUCAACAACUUCUAUCUGUGGUUGGAGUCAAAUCUUUGAGAGAAGAAGAUCCACAACUUAUUUCACUCUUGUCGAUGAGAGCAACGUGGUUUCUAAGCCUUUUCCCGUGAGUGAGCGUUAUAAUUUUUUUACCCGUCUUUGAUUUUGGGUGAUACGUUAUCGAAUUAGGAAACGAAACAGUUUGCCGUUUAGGGCACUUAAAAACGUGAUAAGUGAUCGAGAUGAAAAGAAAAACAAAACAAAACAGAACAAGAAACCGAGAGCAAGGAAUUAUCAAACGAAAAAAUAUGGCACUGUUUGAUGCAAGAAAAAAAAAAAAUGAUUUCGGAGAGAUUUGAAGGCAGAGCCAUUCUUGCAGCAAGGAUCACCAGUGAAUUCAAAAUGGCUGUAAUGCUUAGUUCAAAUGCACUUUUAACCUGCAGUGUAAUCGUCUUACUAAGGCGAAUUAAUUUUACAAGCUUUCGAUUGUUUAUUUGACCGGCCAUGUUUGAUUUAAAGUUGGCGUGGACGGUGGGGGGAGGGGGCGGGAAAGAAAAUAUUGAGCACUCGUUCGCCAAAAUUACGCCAGUUCUGGAGGGUAAUGCGCUUUGGACUAUUCUUGAUUGUUUAAAUUUUUUCUUUUCUACAGAGUUAUUCGUGCAAAAUUUCCAGAGGAGCAUCGUUUAUUCACGGACGAGAACAGUUCAGUUCACUGCCUGGCUGUUUUGAAUCGUGAUUGUCCGGAUAUGUUUGUUCUGUUGUAUGUGGAUAAAAACAAUGAUAGUGCUGUGAGUAUCGUAAUAUAUAGAUUUAGCCAAGCCUAACAGUGGAGCUCGCAUUUUUUUCCCCGCACGUCUCAAGGGCACAACGCCUUGCCCCGGCCAGGACUAGAGCUCGGGUUGUCCGACUCGGAGCCCAGUGCACUGACCACUGGACUACUGAACAAAGCCGUGGCGUUGGCGCGCCCGCGGUACACUUGACCACGCAUGUUAAAAGUAGCACCUUGUACGGUCGAACGGUGGUACAUCCAAAUUUUUUCGGCUGGAUGGGUUACUACUAUUUUGUAUAAUUAUGGGGCUACGCUCUGCGAGCUCCGCUAUUAGUGGCUCCCUAUGUUGUUAUUUGUGUUGCGCACGAGUUUAACACAUUUCAACCUGUUAGUUAGAAUUUUGUUUCUUUGUUCAUGGUAAUGUUGAUGUACGUGAUAAUAUCUGUUUAUGGGAGAAAAUCACAUACUACUAUGAAUGGCAAAAGUCUUGGCACACUCUUCUAAUUUUUGAAUCGUUCUAUAACUCUCCUCUAUCUCUCCCUCCCCCUUCCCAUUUCAAUGUUGCCUGGUGCCAAAAUGGUCACCACGAGCCAACAUUGAUUGGCAGGAAAGAAAGGACCUUCAAGAAAAUUAUUAGACAUGAAUAACAAGAUUUAUGUUUAUCGUGUUGAUUGGAAGGUUGUCGGCCACUUACUAAGGGAAGGCGUGCUAUCUACUUUUGCCAAUCAUUGUAAGUAAGACAACGGGAAUUUCAAGGGAUGGGUGGGUGUGAAGAGCAGUGUUUGACACCCAUGUGGCCGAAACAGUGUAUAACUACUUCGGAUAUCUUACAUUUAAACUACACCGAUUAAGCUUUAAUUUUCCACGCAGGAUAUUUAUGUUGUCUUCCGUGAGGAUUUGUCAGAUGAUAAGGAGAUCUCAUACAGAUCACGUUUGCUCAGAAAGGAAGUCAGAAGUCACGUGUACGGUGUGAUAAACGCUAUGUGCUUCCACAUGUGGACAGGCUUACUUCCGGUGUGACAAUGGUGCAAGUGACCGGAAGUUCUGUAACAAUUGCGAAGAUGACAGCAAUGGUGGUGCGCAUUUUAGCAGUCAUGUAAUUUUCACUUUAUUUUUUGUAUGGUUUUGGCCUGUCAAUGGAUAGUCAACGAAAAGAUGCUCGCUUGUAAGUUAUGUUUAAUUUAUUUUUUGAAGUCUUCACUUGCGAGUUCAUGUCGCUCAAAGAGAUGCCUCGAUAGCUUUUCAGUCCAUCACAAUUACGAAAAGGAGGUCUUAAUGCGUCUAGUAGACCAGUAAUGCUGGUGACUGUAUGGAGGGACACAAAAGGGGAGGACGAAAGGUUGUUUUUCUUUUUGUAUGUUCUUGGCUCUGGUAUGACGUAGAAAAGACCCCUGCCAUCCCCUCCCCCCCCCCCCCCCCCCCUUCUUGUUAAAUUAUUGUUUACCCCGUAGGAGUAAUUUGUAAUGGUCUUCUUCAAACCACGAAGGGGACAAUUUAAAACAUCGUAUCAAUUAUCAAACUUAAUUUUAUAAAAUAAAAUAAGAGUUACAUUAUGAGGGAAGAAAUAAAUUUCAGACAUUAUGCCACCCAUAACAUCUUUUCACUUUCCAAUUUAAGGUUACUUUAUCUGGAAUUAAACAUAUUAAAGAGAUAGCCCACACACGCCUGCGCUAGGUUUUAUUUCAAUAUGUUGUUAAAUUGUAGAUUCCCAUCUAAUGUGUAGGAAUAAUGAUAAAUUAUGGGUGCAGUAAUUUUUUAAAUGAAGUGAACAAGAAUUUUUAGAUAUCUUCACA